CUCUCUCUCUCUCUCUGCCUCCCUCCCUCCCUCCCUCCCUCCAUCUCGCAACUCCGGAAGUCAGAACAGCCAUUGACAUGGACUCCAACUUUCUCUCUCUUCACGGGUAGAGAGAGAGAGAGAGAGAGAGAGAGUAAGCGGGUAUCUGUCUUUUCCUCUCUGAGAUGUGUGUUUCGCGCCUGGACUGCCUCACGCGAUCGGCGAUACAGUUGAAGAGGGCGAUGUUGGGGAGAUGCAGAGAUUGAUAAGACAGGCUCUGGCUUCUCCUACGCGACGAUCGAGUUUCGAGAAUUUCGAUCAUCUUCAAUUGCCAUCCUGAGUCCAUCAGGGAGGUUUCUUCGAGGUGUGAUUCUUCUAUGGCUAGUGCUACCGCGACAGCUAGGUCCGACAAGAAGGCGAUGAUAGCUGCCACCGCUGCGAUGGACUCCCAAUCGCAGCCUCUUCGGAACGGCCAAAACGUGAUCCCCCCGCUGGAGCUCGAGUUCGCUGAGUGCGACUGCUGCGGCCUUGCGGAGGAGUGCACGCUUGAGUACAUCGGCAGGGUGCGGGAGCGGUUCGGCGGGCGGUGGAUAUGCGGCCUCUGCACGGAGGCAGUGAAGGAUGAGGCCAUCCGGUCGGAGGGGGGCAUCGACAACGAGGAGGCGCUGGGCCGGCACAUGAAGUUCUGUGAGCAGUUCCGGUCGUCGAGCCCGCCGGCCAACCCUACGGAGGACUUGAUAUCCGCCGUGAAGCAGCUCCUGAGGCGGACCCUGGACUCUCCCAGGAAGCCAGGUUCAGUGUGCCGGCCGAUGAUGGUGCGAUCCAAGAGCUGCUUCUCGGCAUUGUCGGAAUGACCGUUUCGCCUCAGGAUUCCUGGGGAUCAGAGAGGUAGAGAAACUAGAACCGAUGAAGAAUAACUCGAUUUCAGGGUAGGAGUUAAAAAUCUUUUCAGCUUAGGUUAACGUAGGAUUUGUUUGAGCUCUUAAUCCAGUUUAAUGCUUUCCCAAAUCAUCUCAAUUCCUCCAUCUCUCAUGGCUAACAUCCGUCUAAUCUCGACCUUGAUCAUCACUGACACGUUACACAGAGAAAGGUUGACGGGAAUCUUCCCUUUCCCAUCAAAUAUAUCUAUGCCCAGUGAUCAUUCUGCAGACGAUUUUGGAUACAGAUAUGCAGAUACAUACAUGCAUGUACGCUUGAACUCUGUCCUUGUCUGUGGCACAGCUGU